AGUACGUAGCAGUUAAUUCAGUUAAUUCUACCUAUCACUUAAUAAUACGCAAUGAAGCUGCUAUUCUUUUUGGCUGUCCUUACAAUCGUACAUUCAGAACAAAUCACUAAAGUAAGAAAAUUAAUACAAUCAUUUAAUUAUGAAGAUGACGAGACUGAAAAAUUAAUAUCGGAAACCCGAACACUUAUAGCAACAACAAAAGCAGAAAUGGUCUCAUUACAAAAUACUGCAGGGAUUUUAAUGGAAAAUAAUAUACAGAUUCUAGAAAGAAAUAUUCAAAACCUAUCAGAUUAUUCUAACAAUCGUACUUCUGACCUAAUUGUUUUCUUAAAAAAUGAGAUUGAUUUAGCUGUGAGCAACAAAAGAGCUACGGACCCUGUCAAAGAAGAAUGUUUACUAGUCUAUGAUUAUUUAAGCACAUUACAAACAAGCUUUGAGAAACGGCUUGAGGUUUCUCUUACAACUGCUAUACGUAAUGCCAACCUAACCGUACGCAAGGAUUUUGAAUCCAUGGAUAUUAGAUUAUUAGAACUGGUUACAUUAAACAGGACUUUGGAUAUUUGCGAAGAGGUCAGCGCAUGCGUAUUAGAAGUUUCACAAAAAGUCGUAGACUAUAAUACAGAGUUCAUUGCAGAAUUUACUGAUAUUAAUACCAGAAUGAGUAGUGUACCUCAGGAUGCUCUUAAUGCAGCUAUUCUUAAUGCCAACUCCAGCGUUAACGAAGACGAAAAUUAUGCCUGCAAUUCAGCCAUAAUCAUGAUGUCAUGUGUAGAAAGUUUCGACAACAAUACAACUGAUACAACAACGACAUGGUUGCCAUCAAACCUACCUUCAACUACGUCACCAAUUUCUACGAUCACUUCAACCUACGGACCAUCAACCGAUACAACCAUGAGUACUUCUUCGGAGAUUUCUCCAAGCUACGAGUCAACUACUAUAGAUGUUACAACUGUCGGACCAAAUCCUAUAUAUACUAAAUGUAGACUAAAUAACUAUACAUUCUAAUGUAUACUUUAACCAUGUAACAUUUUAAAUCUCAAUAAAAAUUUAUAAAAAUUU